AUGGCCAAUCAGGGAGGCGGUGGAGGAGCAACUAUGUACCAUGGGUUAGAUCGCUUUCAGAGGAACAACUCACCUAUUUUCAAAGGGGGUUAUGAUCCUGAGGGUGCUGAGGCUUGGCUGAGGGAGAUUGAGAAGAUCUUCCGGGUGAUGGAGUGUCAGGACCAUCAAAAGGUGUUGUUUGCUACUCACAUGCUAGUAGAUGAGGCGGAGUACUGGUGGGAGAACACUCGCCCACGUUUAGAGGGAGCAGGUGGUGUUGUUGUCCAAUGGGAGACUUUCAGACAAACUUUUCUGGAGAAGUAUUUUCCAGAAGAUGUGAAGAAUAGGAAGGAGAUGGAGUUUCUCGAGCUGAAACAGGAAAGUAUGACGGUGGCAGAGUGUGCGACGAGGUUUGAGAACCUUGUAAGGUAUUUUCCUCAUUAUCAGGGGGAAGCUGGGGAGAGGUCCAAAUGCGUGAAAUUUGUCAAUGGCCUUCGACCAGAAGUAAAGAUGAUGGUAAAUUAUCACAGUAUUCAUAACUUUGCACAGUUGACCAACAUGUGUAGAAUCUUUGAUGAAGAUCAGCGGGAGAAGAUUGCUUUUUACAGGAAUGCCAAUGCUAGUCAUGGGAAAGAUAAGAAGCUUGUGACUCACAAUCGUGCUAAGCCAUAUUCUGCCCCUCCCGGGAAAUAUGGAAACCAUUCUGGAGGACAGAGGACCAGUGGAGGACUUCAACUAGUUGGUGGGAGUUCUCAGCCAAUUAACAGGGUGUCUCAGUCUGCGGGUAGAAGUAGUGGUGGUAGUGGUGCUCCUGCUAUUGUUACUACACCACUCAGGUGUGGGAAAUGUGGUCGACUUGGGCAUAUUGCUCGUGAGUGCACAGAUAGAGAGGUGACUUGCUUUAACUACCAAGGUAAGGGCCACCUCAGUACCAGUUGCCCAUAUCCGAGGAGGGAGAAGAGGAGUGGAAGUCUGAAUAACCAAAGUGGACGACCAAGGACCAUAGGGAGAGUGUUUGCUCUUAGUGGUGCUGAUGCCGCACAGUCUGAUGAACUCAUCCAAGUUGUUCUACCUUUGAGUCAGAUUGAUGUUAUUCUUGGUGAUAUGUUUUUGUCUGCUAACCAAGUUGAGGCAUCUUUAAGGGAGGAUGCACAGGUAUACAUGAUCUUAGCUAGUAUGAGUGUUGAGACCAAAACCCCUGUGAGUGAUAUACCAUUGGUGAGAGAGUUUCCAGAGGUGUUUGAGGAGGUGUCAGGAUUACCACCUGAGAGAGAGGUCGAGUUCUCGAUAGACCUAGUGCCCGGUACUGGACCCAUAUCCAUAACACCUUAUAGGAUGUCCCCUGUAGAGUUAAGUGAGCUUAAGAAACAGUUAGAGGAACUCUUAGAGAAACAGUUUGUGAGGCCUAGUGUGUCACCCUAG